AUAAAAAUUUAGUCAUGUUUAAACCCAAUUUUGUCUUCGCAAUUUUAUUGGCAUUCAUAUCAUCCCACACUGCACAUUGCAUUGCUAGAAUUUACUAUGUGGCAAUUGAAGAAAUUGAAUGGGAUUAUGCACCUUCUGGUAAAAAAGCGAAAGAGGGAGUUAUGCUGGAUGACGAUGAGGAUGCGUCAGUUUUCACAAGUUCUGGCAGGACACGAAUCGGCCGGGUUUAUAAAAAAGCUGUAUUCCGCGAAUAUGAAGAUACAACAUUUUCUACCAAAAGUCCAAGAGAAGAACACUGGGGAAUCAUUGGCCCGCCACUCAGAGCCGAGGUUGGUGAUUUGAUGAUUGUACACGUCAAGAAUAACGCAUUCCGUGAAUACAGUAUGCAUCCACAUGGCGUGUUUUACAACAAAACCGACGAAGGAGCUGUUUAUUAUGACAGGGUCGCAGCAGUUAACAAAAUGGGAGAAAAGAUUCGCCCUGGGGAUAUGUUUAUAUAUCAAUGGAACGUGACAGAAUCGUUUGGGCCGACCAAGGACGAUCCUGAUUGUAUUACCUGGGCAUAUCAUUCUCAUGUCCAAUCAGAUAAAGAUACCAAUUCGGGACUGGUUGGGCCGAUAUUAAUAUGUAGAAGCGGUUCACUUGGGGAAGGCGGGAGACGACUAGACGUUGACCGUGAAAUGUUUCUACUUUUUACUGUUUUUGAUGAAAACGAAAGUUGGUAUCUUAACGAAAAUAUACAGGCGUACGCAUCUGAGCCAGCGUCAGUUGUUAUUGACGAUGAAGAUUUUCAAGAAAGUAAUAAAAUGCACGGAAUCAAUGGAAAAAUGUACGGAAAUUUGGGUGGUCUGUUUAUAUGCCAGGGAGAUCGCGUUGGUCUGCAUUUAUUUGGCGUUGGGACUGAGGUUGACUUACAUACCGUGCAUUUUCAGGGACAAACGAUAAUAUCUCAAGGUCACAGGCAAGAUACACUAAAUAUAUUUCCUGGAGUGUUUACUACCGCGAUAAUGGCUGCCGAUCAUGCUGGGAAGUUCAAAUUACUCUGUGAAAUAAACGAUCACCUAUCAGCUGGAAUGUCAUCUAUAUUGAUCGUCGAUAAAUGUGGCCGCGAUCAGAAAAAUUAUGACUUCACAGGAAAUGUUCGGAAUUAUUACAUUGGUAUAGUCGAAAAAGAUUGGAAUUAUGGCCCACUUGGUAUGGAUACCAAAGGACACUCAUUACUUUCAAACAGUUCUGACUCCGAGACUUUCUUCAAACGGGGCCCAGAGCGGAUUGGAGGUGUCUACAAAAAAGCAAUUUUCUAUGAAUAUGAAACGUCAGAACUCUUAGCCAAGAAAGAGAAGCCUUCGUCAUUUGGAAUCCUGGGCCCCCUUAUUGCAGCAGAAAUUGGCGAAACUGUUCACGUAACGCUUAAAAACUUUGCUAACAAACAGGCUUAUAACAUUGAACCACACGGAGUAUUUUUCACUGACGUUACUUCUUUGGGACCGGGACAAAUUCACACUUACAAAUGGACAAUUCCGGAAAGUGUUUCCCCUACAGAUGUAGAUGGAGAUUGCUUAUUUUAUCUGUACUUUUCCUCUGUUCAUCCUGCAAAAGACACCAACUCGGGUCUAGUUGGUCCAUUGCUAGUUUGUCGGAGAGGAACUCUUGCAAGGAAUUUGAGGAGAAAAUCUCAAUAUCUUUUAUUCACGGUAUUUGAUGAAAACCUAAGCCAUUAUCUCGACGAAAAUAUACAAAGAUUUACUUUAAAUCCAGAAUUGGUCGACAAAGAUAAUGGGGACUUCCAAGAAUCCAACUUGAUGCAUGCGAUUAAUGGUUUGAUGUACGGAAGUUUAGAAGUGAAUUUUUGUCAAUACUCGGAGACUGAUAUUCAUGUGAUAGGACUUGGGACAGAGGUUGAUAUGCAUUCAAUGUAUUUGGGAGGACUACUGUUUAAAUACAGAAACGAGUGGACAAACGUUUUGAGCAUUCUUCCCCAUACUACUGCUUCAACGACUGUGAAACCAAACACCUUAGGUGCCGAGGAACUAUCAUGCGCGGUAUUCGACCAUCUUCUUGGAGGAAUGUACACUAAUUACACAGUGAUAGACUGCGGGAUUCAAUCCGAACAAGAAACUUAUGUAUCUGAUGGAAUCACAAGAACGUAUUACGUGGGUGCUGUUGAUGAAAUAUGGGAUUACAUGCCAUGGAAGGAAGAAAAUCUGGAUCACGAUUUGUCAGCGUUUACAGAGCAAAAGAAUCGGUCAUCCAUCGGGACAAAAUAUUGGAAGUCGAUAUUUCAUGAAUACACAGAUGAUACAUUCACAACGAGGAAAACAAAACCAUUACAUCUAGGUUACUUGGGACCAGUACUAAAGGGAGAAGAAGGAGACAUAGUUAAAGUAAUAUUUCGCAACAUGGCACGCAGAAGAUACAACAUGGUACCAUGGGGUUUAUAUCCAGAACAUUUCCACGAAAAUGGUGCUGCAGCUCCCUCUACCGGAGAGACUGUUACAUACGUUUGGGAGAUUCCAAAGUUGGCUGUCCCGUCGGAGAACCAACCACCUUGCAAUGGUCACGCCUAUGUAUCAACUGUUGAUAUUGUACCUGACAUGUACACGGGAAUGAUUGGCCCGAUGCUGAUAUGCCGAAAAGGGGGAUUAUCUUCAGAUGGACUGAUGGACAAAGCUGAUGCAGAAUUUUUCUUGUCAUUUUUUGUUACGGAUGAAAACAACGGCCACUAUAUUGAUGAAAACAUCCGUCAAUUUACUGGGGCAGAUCCUGAAACUUUCGAUAAAGAAGAUGAACAGUUUGUAGAGAGUAAUCUUAUGCAUAGCAUCAAUGGUCGGCUUAAUCACCUUGAAGGACUCAAAAUGUUUGAAGGAGACCGAGUGAUGUGGCACCUGUUAGGAUUUGGGAAUGAAGUUGACAUACAUACAGUACAUUUCCAUGCGCACGCUUAUAUGCACGUAUCUGACGUCAUGCAACACGGAGAUGUAUUCACUCUAUUUCCAGGAAAAAUGGGUACAGUUGAGAUGAUAGUCGACGACGUGGGUAGUUGGUUGUUACAUUGCCAUGUAAACGAUCAUGCUGUGGCAGGAAUGAGUACAACAUUUACGGUGCUUCCUAAAAACGAUAAAAACGUUAGGCAGUUACCGUGCUCUGGCUAUAGCAGGUGGGGAAGAAUCAACAAAAUUGAAUUAUAUUGCUUUUUCGAAGACCCAGUAUCAUUGCAAACAUUUGUGCAGGACGCGAGAAAUUCUAUCCAUGUUUGCCCAACCAUCAUCAGGAAUGAACAUGUCACGUCAUGCAAGGAAGCACUGACUGUUCCUACUUCAUCGAUUUAUUACUUAAAUGUGUCAACUGACUUCAACAUGGAAGCAAACGAUUUCAGAGAUCUCAUCUCCUUAUUUACCGGAUUACGCUAUGUUUAUGCAAAUCAUAUCGGAUUGAGAUUCCUAUCUCCAACUACAUUUGUAAACGCAAAGUUACUUAUACGUAUAUAUCUAAGAAAAAACAUGAUUCGGAAUAUUCCGAAUGAAUUAUUUAACGGCCUGAAUAAGCUCCGUUUCGUGGAUUUUCAGAACAACGAUUUAGGUGGAUUGGACUUUUUGAGUGACAUUCCUGCCGGUAGCAAAGGGAAACUAAAUUUGAGAAGAAACCCCAGGCUUGGAAAAAUGCAGAGGGUCUACACGAGCAUGGGCAAUAAAUGGUCAUAGAAUGUAUUGUAUAAUUACUUUUGUUGCUGACAAAUUUUUCAACUUUCAAAAAAUAUACAUGAUUUUGGCAACCUAAGAAUUCGUUUUUUUUGUAAUGUAACAAAAAGUAUAUUUAAAGCGCGCGCUUUGAAUUCAAUCUCUAAUCAGUUAUAU